AUGGGUACGCCCGCUCCCGGUGCUGUCCUUGCUAAGCAGGAUCCAAUACCGUCGAAUAACACCCGCUACCAACAGCAUCCAUGUGCAGCGUUUGGAAGUGUACUGUCAACCUGUGUCGUUGAGAUGAGUUGCGAGACCAAAAGCGACCUGGCUCGCGUCCGAACGCGAAAGAUCGAAGCAGCCAUCGCUGGCCGCACGUACGCUACGCAUCUCGCUGGUCGAACAGUCGUGAUAGCACGGUCAGGCUCGGACAGCACAGCGGCGCGCGCUGUAUCCGCAGCCACUGUGUUUCCUCACGCUCGCCCGUUCCGAAAACCUGCAGCCCGCUGGUGCGGUGGUCAAACUGGUGGCUUUUUAAGUAGAUAUAACGGCUUGGAAACGUCGACGCAGGAGCUGCGAAGUUUGAAGCAACGCGGCCUGACUCUCGCGAUGCAGGAGGUGUUCGAGACGCUUGACUCGGAGGCGAGGGAUCAUUUCGAUUGCGAGAAAGGCAUGAUCGGGUUAACUAUCGAAGACCGAUGUGCAACGAGCCAAUCUCGUACCGCACAGGCACUUCCACGUUUUCGUUGCACGACCGCAGCCCAGCCUCGCCAUCUCCCCAAUCCAGCCCACCUCCCCCUCCGAGCGACCACCAGGCUCUCCAUCUCCACCCCAACGGCCACUAGCACCCAUCCGUACCUAUUGUACCGGGUCCGCAGCGCACUGCAAUCUCGACCCCGCCCACGACCCAGAGCAGACGCAGCACCGCCUCAAUAUCCGAGGCGGCCAGCGGGCGGCGCCGCACCGCAUCCUUCGCUGCGUGAGAACGCGGACGUAGAUACAGGUGUGUUUGCACGGCGACGAGGACCCGCUGGAGUGGACACCUCGUGGCGCAGUCGUGGUCGGGAAAGUGCGCUGGAGCCCCUUACUCGAGGCGCCGAGGGCCGGACGACGGCGGCACGCGCUUUGACCGUCGACGUCGGUCGCCCGACGAGAAGCAAUGCGAAGUGCCAUGUCGGUCGUGGAUCCCAAAGGCCCCCGGCCGUGCAUAUGCAGGUCGUUGCAUUGACACGCGAGCCAAUGUUGCACGGCUUUGGUGGUGGACCCUGGCAACGAGAUGUGAACACGCGAGAACGAUUUCGAGGGAAGGCUGGCGAGUGUCGUAGCGAUGCAUCUAGAUUGCGAGUGGGACACGCGAAGUGGACUUGA